AUUUUUGUGACAUUGUCGAUAGUACUGGUAACAAAGUACCAUUUAGCACGUCCUAAAAAACGGACAGUGCCGGCUUGUGCGGAGACAAGAUUGUGACAGAAAACGGACAUUGCAAUACAUAGGGUAUAUACUUUUUUUCAUUUAUCGUCGUUUUAUAGGCUAUUCUUGCGUUGGAGUUACGUUAUACAUAAGUAUAUGUGUACAUUUUUUUAUAUUUUAAUUUCAGGUGGUUCCACCAUCUGACUCAGAAGAGUGAGAUAACAAAAAAGACGACAAUGACGAAAUUUUACUAGAGGCAGAUUGUACAUCUGCCUUGCCCCAAUCUGACUCUUUUUCAGCCAGUUCACUUUCUAAGAGGAUGUCAAAUAUAAUGGACAAAUAUAUGUUCAUUUAUGAACACGCGUGCUUUUAUUCCUAUUGUCAUGCUAUUAAAGUUUAGUGCGCUUCAUUGUGAAUGGCACUGUCUGUAAUUAAAUAUAAUUUCGAAGUCUAACGUGGUCCUUGUGGGAAAAAAAGUUGUUCAUAAUAAUCGACCUGAUGACCUAAACACGACCUUUCCUCUAGUACUCCAUCUACAAAACCUAAUUCCUGGCCAUUAAACGCAUAACUCGCUUUAGUAUCCAAAUUAUUGACACGUCUUGAAAUGUCCUACGGUUAAAACCUAUUUCAAGUCGAUGAUGAAGAUGCUACAGUUCCUGAGGCCUGUAAAAUGUAAUCUCUACGGAAUUCAGGAGAGUAAAUAGCUAAUUUCGAAUCUAGUCUUUCAUUUGUCGGGCAGACGAAGCAAAGCAUUUCUACUAGGGUACAAGAACAUAUUGUUAUAGCUGAUGAUGUCAAGCACCGCCAACUAUAGCCUGCGGUCUGGGAGCAUGACAUAGAUAAGACUCUGGUUCUCGCCAAGGAGGAACCAUAUAUUCCCAAAAUGUUGUCAGAGGCCAUUGAGACUGAAAAAUAUCUAAACUUUUACUGGAACUACAGCUACACUACCACCAGCUUAGGUUCCAGAUAGUUCGGGUAAUAAGAAAACAAGCAAGAUAUACAACUGUGAGACCAUAGUGAUAAACGGUGUGGUCAUUUAAGUAAAGUAAUAUUAUUUACAAUAAUUGUAAUGUGUAACUAGCUUUAUGAGCCUAUUUUCCAUGAACUUAUACUUAUACGUAGCUUUAAAAUGUAUAUUUUUUGUUUAAUAUACCUGUACUUGGGUCGUUUUACACAUCAACACUAGAAGUAAAUAUGGUAUUAUUAUGUUUCCCAUAAGUUUUUUCUUCUUAGUAAUCGAAUUAAACAUUUUUUUCAAACAUUCACUAAAGUUAUUGAAAUAAUUUUAAAUUUUCUUGCCCUGUAAUUCUUUAAUUUUUUAUUUAUUUUUAAACUGCAUAACGGCAUUGUCCGUUUUUUAGGACAAUCUUGGGAGCAAUCAAUAUAUAAGGUUCGUGGCAAUGUCCGUUUUAACGGACGUCCUGAAAACCCUACUUUCAGAAUGCUUUUAAUUUUUUUUUCUUAAAUAUUGUACUUUUUUACUCAUUACUAUCCCCAAAAACAUUCCACGUGAUAGGUGGAUACAUUAUUUCAUGUCUUGCCAUGUUAAGGGUUAAAUCGAUAUCGAAAUGAUUACUUAUUAUGCAAUAAUAACACAGGAAUCCGUUCUAACAAAUUAGUUUGUCUUUAUGCUGGUCAUAAUUUGCGGUUAUUAAUAGUAGUAAUUAGGAAAUAUUUAAAUAACCUUACCAAGUAGCACUAAGGCACAUACAUGAUACACAGUUUUAACUUAUACCUAUCACUAUUAUGGAGGAUACGUAAGUAUGUAUAAAGUGAGUUUACUACAAACUUAUGUUUUCCUGGUGUUCUAAACAAAAUGGUAUUCUUAGCACUAGGAGCUAAGCGCGCAGAAAUGUUUUUAUAUUUUGCAUUGUAACCAGUAAGUUUGUCAGGCAGAGCAGGUUUUGUACAAACAGCAACACUCCUAACUGUACAUCGGUGGACGUUAUUAUAAAAGGCAUAAGGUCCACCGAUGUACAGUUAACAGUGUGGUCGAUGGUAUGUAUCGAGAAGUAAAUAUUUUGUUUUGCAAGUUUAUUUUAAGUACUUGGGCUCCUGGAUAGACGUGUUUUGUGAGCGUGAACAUGUUUUUUGUAAUUUCCGUUGUGCUAAUUAUAAGUGAUCUAGGCUAUACACAAAAUUGUGAAUUAUCUACAUUACCUCCAAAAUCAAACAGUGGAUGCUGUGGUCACGCCGUGGGUGGAGACAAGUCAAGUGGUUCCAUUGCUCGCAUCGGGGAAUAUCCGUGGAUGGGUUCCGUGGAAUAUAGAAAAAAAGACGAUACAAUAAAGUUGCUCUGUGGCGCGGUCCUCAUCAGCGGGAAAUACGUUCUAUCUGCUGCUAAUUGCUUCUCCGAAGCGGCUUUCAAGAUCGGCACGCCAGUACGUAUACGUCUAGGAGACUACGAUGUCAACAAUGAUGGACCAGACUGUGUAGAGACAGCUGUUGGUGGGAAAGAUUGUACUGAUGGAGCCAUCUCCAUACCUAUAGAGAAAUUUACAGUGCAUCCCGACUUUAACAACAACGUAAAUCGUCAAAAUGACAUAGUUAUAAUAAAGCUUGCGAGAAUGGCUCCGUACACAGAUUUCAUCCGUCCAAUCUGCUUGCCAUCUUUGGACAUCACACAGAAAGCACCAAAGAAGCUGUACAUGACUGUGGCUGGCUGGGGCGCGGUAAACGCGACAGUGACUAGAAGCAACGUAUUGCGGCGAGUCCAUGUGCCUUAUGUCGAUUUUUAUCUCUGCAGACAUGCGUACAACCAAACGAAAUUCAGACAUGUGCAGUUGUCAAACGGGCAACUUUGCGCGGGCGGCAAGAAUAGAGACUCCUGUCGAGGCGACUCAGGGGGACCCCUUAUGUUGCUGAAGGGCCAGACUAUGGAGCUGGCCGGCAUAGUUAGCUUCGGCCCAACCCCUUGCGGGCGAGAAGAUAUUCCUGGAGUGUACACUAAAGUAUUCGCCUACAAUGAUUGGAUAAAAACUAUUAUUGAAAACGAUGAACAGGUACCAACGAAGCCAACAGAAUCACCAGUAAAUACAAAAACGUCAACAAAACCACCAGUAACUAUAAAAACGUCAACAGAACCACAAGUAUCUACAGAAACGUCAACAGAAAAAGUAUUUUUCUCUGAUUUGAUUGUCUUCAGAGAGUAGGUCAAUAAACUUUUAGUAGGUUCUUGUAGUUUGAUAAAUAAUAACUAUAAUAUCAUGGAAUAUUAGCUAUUAUUAUAACUACUGCCUAGCAAUUAGGUUACAAAUAGUGCGUAAGGUCAGUUCAAUUAAUAUACUAAGGUCCGAUUACACCAAAAGCAACUGGCGAGUUGUCUAAAGACAGCAACUCAAUUUAUGAACAAAUAUGUCAGUGACAUCCCCCGCGUUAAUUCUUUCAGUAGUAACAUUGUAACAGUAAUUCUACUGCAUAUGUCAUCCGAAUAUCAGAGUUUCCUAUGCCAUUACUAAAUGCAGUAAUUCAAACGUAUUACCUAUUCUUUUUACCUAUUUCCGCUCGAUAUUUUCUUUAGACAUUUUGAUAAUAAAUUAUACUGAAACACGCAGAAAUCGUUUCUCAAUUUACGUAAUGGACUUUAUAUUGCUUAGCGCAGUAUAUGGCGCAGUACAAUAAUCAUUUCAUUAUUUCCUUAAAAUUAUUAUAGUCAUAUAUGCCUAAGUCAAAUCUUUUGCCCCGAAACCGUUAGGGGAGAGAAGUUUUGAGAGCUGGAUAGUUACAAUAAUACUUCCAUUAUAUAGAAUGAAACAACCAUGUUACAUGAAUGCUUCAGAUAUAAGUAAUACUUGUACUUGCGACCCAGGCAAAUUCAACCGAAAAAGGGGGUCAACCUUGGAAUGAGAGAUAGGUAAUAAGCAGGAAACUCCUUCACUAUGGCCUUCUUAAGGUAACAGAAAUCCUCGUGUGCGCGUUGGAAAGUCAAAUGUCUUAAAAAUCGGCAAAGUUAUCAUGCGUUAUUUUUCUAUUUAAGUACAUUAUUUAAAAUAAAAACACCGAGUAUUAUUA